AUGCAGACCUUAUUUUCGCACGAGUGUCGUCUAAGCCCUACAGUUUUCCUCAACGGCCGAUUACUAGUGGCCUCCGGGGAAGAUGUUGAAUACUUAUUCAACAAUAGUGUCCAACGCCGACUCAGUGUUGUUUCUCAUUCAUGCACACAAGCGCUUCUCGAUGUGAGACGCACCCGAACGGCGCAUGCGCCCAGCAUCUGUGCUUAUUCCCCUAUCAUUGCUUUCCGGCGUAACAACGGCUUAUCUGCCGAAGUUAUUUCCGUCUUCUAUUCUUAA